CAGUAUAAAAUUUAUUGAUUUACGUUGUCAUUUACCAGUACUUUAGUGUGCUUUAACAUAAUAUAGUCUUCACCAACCUCGGUAAAAAAAAGUAGUUAAAAAUAAAAACAAAAUGAGUGAAUUUGUUGUGCCUCGACGAGUAUUAUGCGAAUUUUUUAUUGGCCAUGGAACAAAAUCAGAAGAUAUUCGAAAAUGUUUAGAACAACACCACCAUUUGUCGUCUGAAAAAAGUGAAUUAAUUGUGAAACGUAUUCAAAAAACGCUUAUAACAGCGUUCAACGAUCGGUGGACCAAAUCUAACCGAACUAAAGAACGUUUCUUUAGUAAUAAUAUAUCGUGGUUAGACGGUGAAUUUAAGGUACAAUUCGAAGAAGCACCGAUGGAUAUUACACCUACAACAUCUGAAGAACGUGGACGUCCACCAAAGUCUUAUGAAGAUCUAUCAGAGAAAUCGAAGAAAAGAAAGAAUAUGGAACAACUAAUAUCAAGCCCGUAUUCCUCUUACGCACCGAUGCAUUUAGAGAUAGAGCAUAACGAGUCUCCCAAUUCGGAGACGGUGGACGUAAAGCCCUUCAUCCACAACUCGUGGCUCGCAAUGAACACCUCGUCUUCGCACGUGGUCGAGCCCAAUCCGCUGUCUCUUCAGAAUGAAGACAAUUCCAGUUACAAUGGUUUCACGGCUGACGAGAGUUCUGCUUACUUCCAUUUUUUCCGCGGUAUUCACAGCGAGUUUCUAGAACUAUCGCCGAAGAAACAGCGACAGUUCAAGAGAAAGUGCCUAGACUGUCUCCACGAGCUGUUAGACGAAGAUGACGACAACCACCAGCACGGCUACUCCUACCAGGACAACGUGCUGAACCUCUCCAACUCUGUUCACAUGAGCGAAGAAGAGAAGGACGUUAAACCAGUGGUAAGAGACGGCUGCAUCCUGUCCAGUAACUGAUGGUGUUUUUUUCCGAGCGCGUGUGAAGAUGCAGUGUGAUUGCGGGAUUGCGGGGUCAAGAGGGAUUAUCAAGUUGUCAAUAGAAGUAAUUUUAUUAUA